AUGUGGACGGAAUGCGCACGGCCAGCAGUCGGAGCGGUCGAGGAGGAUGAGUGUGCGAAAAGGGGCGCCAGCAGUUGCGAAAUCGGUGGCGGAUCGAUCCACAGUGUGUUGCCAGUGUCACAAGUUCAAGCCACCAAUCUUGGAUGCAAGCUGGUCGGUUGGGCUGAAUAUGGGAAACGCGGGCUUGUGCAGACGUCUCGUUUUGGUGGCAACGUGAGUCAGAGAUUUCUCGUUGUUCGGCGAUACGAGAUUCCAGCACCGGCGACGCUGCAGACGUGA